ACUUCCAUGGGAGUUUAUGCUGUAGCUAUUGAAGCAACCCAAACGUUUGGGGUGACUGCAUGUAGUGCCAUUUUUGAAUUGAGGGAAAUAAAACUGGUUGUACAGUUUCUCCUUCCCAAAGCACCUACCUAGACUUUCCCCUGCAAUGAUGUAGUAUGGCAGGGUUCUCAGCCUUGGGUAUGGUGGCACCAAUUAAAGACCACAGUAUCCCCUUCAUCUCUAAAUCCAAAGUUGCCACGAAUGUGAAAACAAAAAUUAAACACCAAUACUUCAUUUUAAACAUACACUUCACCCGUGCAAUGUUUAAAACAUUGCAAUAUAACAAUGCAUCCGGAGUUCUGCUUCUGACCUUGCAUGCAAUUAGGUUGAAAUGAACGGAUUGGCAUUUAUAUGGAGCUUUACAUGGUGGCUUAACACUAAUUUUAACUUAAAAUACACUUUCGGUAAGUCACGCAGAAAUUAAUUGGAGUGACGUUUCAAUUGCAACAAGCAACCGUCAGGUAGAACUAAAUUUGAGACCGUAGACACGGACCCAAUGCCUCUACCGAGGCAUUAAAGACGGCGGUGGUGGGUCUGCCGAGGCAGCUGCUGGAGCAGAGAAAUUGGCAUGUCAAUGAAUCCACCCCGAAGCAACUUGGGGAAAAGAUCGAAUGACCCUACGAGAGCCUGGGUAAUUUUAGAGUUUGACAAGAGAUCUUUUGAUGCAACAGACGGUUAACGCAGAGCCUAGUUGGUUACAAUCUUCUAAGAUUGCUAAAUUUGCAGUUAAAUUUGAAAUUUGACUAGCAUAACUUGCAUCCACCGUAGAGGUGUGACAAACUUGAUUUGGAAGCUUUCUUGACUGCAGGAAUUACUCUACUCUUUUGGUUCUUUCGGUAUAGUCGCGUAGAAAAUGUAAAUUGGACAAUAGAGCACGUUUCGAUUGCAACAACCAACCGUCAGGUUGAACAAAAUUUGAGCGAGACGAAACGGUUCUGACGACUAUUGCUUGUGUUGCACUCAACGUCGUACUCUAUUUAAUUAAUUUUAUUUCUGUGACUUUGCCGAAACGUCAUUCCUGCAGUCACGAAAGCUUCUAAUCAAGUUUAUAAAUACAAUUUAAAUCUUGGCAGGGUGGCGCGGUGGUAACGCGUGCCUUUUUUAAGACCCACUUUGGUUUGGUUCCGGACUGCCUUCUGUGUGUGGGGGCGGGGGGGGGUUCGUAUGUUCUCCCCCAGUUCUGACUUGGGUUUUGUCCUGGGUUUCUCCUAGCUAAAACCUACCAUCAGUCAUGCUGAGCAAUUGCCUGAAACUACACAAUUGGCAUCACAAUGUUGCCCCAUACAGCGACAACUUGGCAGGACCAGUCUGAAAAUGUACUCGCCCUUCCCUGGGUGAACGGUGUAAAUUGUCUUAGUGUAAUUUUAUUUAGGUUCAAGAUGAGCGAUGGCAUGCAAUGCAUCACCCCCGUGAGAACACUCCGCAGAAGGUAUUACGGUAUUGCCUGUUGCAGUGGCCUACUUGGUGCAAACGGCAAUUGGUGGCAUAAACUUCACUUGCCACGGGGGGUCGGGGCUGAAGCGCAGAUUCAAACCCAGGAACUCUGGUGCUGGCUCUGCUCUGAUCCUAAAAACACCCGGCCGCCUCUAAAAUGACGUAAGUAAUUUUGUAAAGCCACCCUUCUACCGUGCGCUGUAACCAUCUGAAAGCGUCACCCGAACCAGUUGGCAAGCACUCCAGCUCGCGCAUGAUAAUUUGUUGGGAGGAGGGGGAAUUACCCUCGCUCAAUCGUAUUUGAAGGGCGCAUUAACAACACGCGUUGUGAACCUAACAAUAGAAUACACCGGCUUCCCAUGUGUAUAUGCACCCCAAAAAGGCUGCGCCAAAUGUGUACAAAAUUAUAUUGAAUAACUUUGGGAGACACGAAGCACGCAUUGCGUAUUAAUGUUAUCCAUGAACACCAUCGCUCAACCAGUGUUUAAAGUAAAGGCAAAACAAAUUGCAUUUUUUUCAACGAUAUCCAGCACAUGUAGAAGACCUCGUCAAAUGAUCCCUGCGCCACGAAAACUAAGCAACAAAGCACGCCACCACAACACGUUUCUAAAUCUCCCAACCUGCCGCUCAAGUAUUCGGGCAUAUGGUCAUGGAAGAACAUUCUUAAUCUAGCGCUGCCUUAAAAUAGGUAAUGAGGCUAACGGAGGAGUCCAGCUGGAUAAAUGCUUUUAGGUCGAUUAAUCCGUGUAAUCAUCGUCCACGUGGCCUGUGUGGUAAAACACACUUGUGCUUGAAAUCCUUUGAUUCUGUCAUUCAGUUUGCCGAGCAAGAUGAGCGAUUAGAAGACGGAACGCAAUGCGUCCCAUGUAAAUGUGCUGCCCGAUGUCCACUAACUUUGCUGCGUGAACACAUUUGAGUCCACACGCGUGUGCAAUUCCUAACCGAGUCCUUCCAAGCAGACUGUACAAUGCCAUCAUUCCUAUAAGUCUCUACUUGAGUUACGUUGGGUGGGAAAUUUUCUUUUACAUACCCCAAGGACAUCGAAACAGCAGCAACAGGGCACGGCAAUGGCUUGGUGUUUGGGCAAGGGGAUGACCACGUCGACACGAAGAAAGGUGCUCCGGCGUGCGACCACAGCCGACGCGGCGAUGAACGAGACGCCGUGCCAGGCGCGCUUGCAGUGCGUGCGCGCCUGGAGCUCCUUGAACAACAUCCCGUCGGCGUCGGCCUCGCUGUCGUCUCCCCACUGCGGGCCCACCCUCGUCACGCAGGGCGAGCCCAUCCUGCACCUCAACAUCGGCGGCACCAAGUUCAGGAUCGCGCGCUGCGUCCUCGCGCGCCACCCGAAGACGCGGCUCGGCCGCCUCGCCAAGCCUGAGCUGAGCUCCUCGGAGCGCAUUGACGUCUGCGACGACUACGCGGCGGCCACCCGCGAGUACUUCUUUGACCGCGACCCCGAGGUGUUCCGCCUCGUGUUCACCUACUACCGCACGGGCGUGCUGUGGGUAAGCGACGAGCUGUGUCCAAUCAACUACGUGGAGGAGAUCCAAUACUGGGGGCUGCAGGUGCGUCACACAAACCACUGCUGUCGCAUCGUGUUCGAGGAGCGCCAGAGCGAGAUGGAGGACAACCUGAAGGUGCAGCAGGAGCUGGAGGACGAGUUUGUGACCGAGGCGAAGGAAGAGCAUUUCCAGGACAUGUGCUUUGGGCGACAGAGACUCAUCGUGUGGCAUUUCAUGGAGGACCCUUUCUCGUCCAUCUUUGCCAAGAUCAUGGCGGUGGCCUCCAGCCUCUUCGUGCUCAUCUCUAUCGUGGGCAUGAGCCUCAACACGGUGGAGGAAAUGCACUCCAAGACGCCAAGCAGAGGGGAGAAGACCUCUCUGGAGAUUCUGGAGACCAUAUGCGUCGGGUUCUUCACGCUUGAGUACCUCCUACGGCUGAUCUCCACCCCUGACAUCCGGGGCUUCCUCAAGGCGGUGAGCAACGGCCUCGAUCUCAUCGCCAUCCUGCCCUUCUACAUCCACUUAAUGUUCGAAGAGCUCGUGGCCGAGGGGGACCACACGUAUGAUGGCGAGGUGAAGGCGGUGGACCGCGUCGGCAAGAUGGGCCAGUUGAUGAGGAUCAUGAGGCUCAUGCGGAUCCUCCGCAUCCUCAAGCUCGCCCGGCACUCCACGGGGCUGCGCACCUUCGGUUUUACGCUGCGCAAGUGCUACCAGCAGGUGGGGUGCCUCUUCCUGUUCAUUGCGAUGGGCAUCUUCACCUUCUCGGCGCUCGUCUACUCGGUGGAGCACGACGUGCAGGGCACCAACUUCACGAGCAUCCCGCACGCCUGGUGGUGGGCCACGGUGGCCAUCUCCACGGUGGGCUACGGGGACAUGUACCCCGAGUCGUUCCUGGGCCAGUUCUUCGCUUUUGGCUGCAUCUCCUUCGGCAUCAUCCUCAACGGCCUGCCCAUCUCCAUCCUCUUCAACAAGUUCUCCGACUACUACGCCAAGCUCAAGAUGCAGGAGUACCGGCUCAAGCAGCGGGGCAAGAUUGACUUGAAGCGACGGGUCCGGCGCAAGAUCACUCAUAUCCUCAACAAUGCGGAUGGUGUGCAUGGCCACGGCAUUUGAUUCAACUGCGCCGUCCGGCAAAAUAAUUCAAGAAGUGCAAUCUUACUCGGUUGCAUGCACAUAUAUUUUUUUAUAUAUAUGAAGUACAAAUUUAAAAAUUGCAUUGCCGUCUUCCAACGCCGAUCCACAGAAUGCUGUUUUCACGAGCUUCAUGCUGCCUCGACAAGAUUGGCAAUGCAAUCCCCGACCGUGUUAUGUUCUGACCUGACACGUUGGGGAGCUGCCACUAAUUUGUUGGGAAUAAGUCCUCGGUGGCACCGUUUCCAAGUCUGAACUCCACUGUAAUUGGGAGUUUAACUUUGACCGCAUCAUCCUAGUGUAGAGGUUUGGAAAUGUAUUAUUGGAUAUAUUUGUCAGGAGGAACACAAACAGAGGGGAUGCAUUGGAUAGCAAGAUGCUAUUUGUACAAACUCAUGAGAGUGGUGAGGUAUGUUAAGGUGCACUAACCUCGGGGGUGGGGGGGGGAAGAAAUGACCAGUUUAGCCAAGUUUGAGUAAUGUUUUACACUGUUAAACACCACAGCAGCACAAAUUAAGAUCUUCAAAUGAUUGUAAGUUAUCAAGCUGCUGCUUCAGUGGAGCCAUUCAUAUUAUUUAGCUAUGUAUUGUAUACUUUUUCAGUUAAAUGGGACCCAUAUCGUAGAGAGAGGGGCCUUGCUUGUUAAAUUAUGUUUACAGACAAUGAUUCAAGAGCCUGAUGUUGCUGAAGAAAUACUUUCUCAAAACUGGUCCAGAGUUUGCUUGUCUUGAAUCAUUGUUGCUGAUAUAAUGCACUCUCAGAAGGUCGUGCUGCUGAUGGGUUGUGUAAGCAAGACCUUAAAACACAAUUACGUGGAGACGGAUAUAUAAAAGAUACAUGUUAUCUGCUCAUCUAAGUUGUUCGUAAAAUAACAGGUUAAUAAAAAAAAAAUUCAGGUUUUUUUUACUGAAUAUCUCGAUGUUACCAGAAUUUUUUCCCGCAAUAAUUUUUCGUCUUAAUUAACCUGUUACUGAUCAUAGUGGUACGAUAUUGGCGUAUUAUGAUUGUAAUAUUGCAGUUGCUAGGUGAUUUUAGUUUUCCGUACCUUUGUCAGCUGGCUGAGACUUUCUACAUACGCGUCAUGUCAUACUUGGGGGUCUAUAGAUCAAUAGUGGCCAAUUGCAGGUCGAGUGACAUGUACAAAACAUAACGAUGCUGCAUUUGUAAUACACUGACGGAUGGAGAAUAUUGCAAUUCUGCAUAUGAAGAAUAACGGUAAGUGACCCACAAGUAUGGAAUGCUAAUUCAAAUUAAUCAUGGAUCUGCCUAACUCCAAUGAUAACAUAAAAAGGUAAAGAUGCGGCCAUGCAAUUUCCUGCUCAUGCCGCUGUUUGCUGAUGGCCUCCACUCGAUGGGCUCUCUAGAGCUCCCUCUAGAGAGUAUUUGACCCACUCUUCCAUGCUGGCCAGAAGCAUUGAAAGGUGGGAGUAUCCACACUUUUAAACCACCACGCGGUACCUGCCGAUCGACCGUUACCGAAACUUGGGUAUGUUCCGACUCGCCAGACGUAAUGACGCGUGAGGCUGCACCUAACGGAUAGGUAAUUGUGCAUCGGCAUCAUCGCGUGAAGCCUGGCACCGGCAGCACGCAUGGUGGUGGGAUCGCACUUUUUCACCGUGAAGACACCUGUGUGAAAGUCCUGAACGACUCCUUAAUAAUAAUGCCAUUCGAGCUGCUGCUUGUAAUAAGUGAUAUUUAAUAAAAACAUUUUUUAAACGCUUUAAUGAAAUGUACCGUACUAGCAAUGGAAGAACUCCACGACUCCAAGAAGUGGCCCCGAAGCUUGCCAUAACGUAAGGGACCGUGGUCAUUUACAGCCAACGUCAGUUUACCGUGAACAAUUAGAGGCAAGUCGAAACAUAAAAUAUAAAAAAAAAUAUUCUUGGUUCUUUCGGUAAAGUCACUUAGAAGGGAAACAAUAAAAUAAUAAAAA